UGCGCUCAUAGGGGAGGAGACGAGCCAAGGCAAGUUCGGAUCAGAUCAGGAAGGAGCGCACCGGCAGAGCGAGACAGACGGUGCCGGGGGAGAGACGGUUUUUUGUGGCGUUUGACAUCAUUUUUUCUAUCGAUUUAAGACACAGCGUUUCUCCAGGGAGAGAAAGCAAACGUGCAGGGGAUCCCCAAACGACACGGGGGAGACAUGCAGCCGGCGGCCAGACGGACUUUGCUGCUUCUUCUAGUGGUUUUGUUAACGCAAGACUGCUUCUCAUCCAAGGCAGAGGACCGACUGUUCAAGAAACUGUUCAGAAGAUACAACCAGUUCAUCAGACCGGUGGAGAACGUCUCCGACCCCGUCACUGUGGAGUUUGAGGUUUCCAUCUCGCAGCUGGUCAAAGUUGAUGAGGUGAAUCAGAUCAUGGAAACAAACUUAUGGCUCAGACACAUAUGGAAUGACUACAAGCUGCGAUGGAUACCAGCUGAGUUUGACGGGAUUGAGUUCAUUAGAGUUCCAUCCAACAAGAUCUGGAGACCUGAUAUUGUGCUCUACAACAACGCUGUAGGUGAUUUCCUUGUGGAGGAUAAGACCAAGGCUCUGUUGAAGUUUGAUGGCACCAUCACCUGGGUUCCUCCGGCCAUUUUCAAAUCCUCCUGCCCCAUGGACAUCACCUACUUUCCCUUUGACUAUCAAAACUGCUCCAUGAAGUUUGGCUCCUGGACGUAUGACAAAGCCAAAAUUGACCUGGUACUUAUUGGGUCUAAGGUGAACCUGAAAGACUUCUGGGAGAGCGGUGAGUGGGAAAUCAUCGAUGCUCCGGGCUACAAACAUGAUAUCAAGUACAACUGCUGCGAGGAGAUCUACCCGGACAUCACCUACUCCUUUUACAUCCGGCGCCUGCCACUGUUCUACACCAUCAACCUCAUCAUCCCCUGCCUCCUCAUCUCUUUCCUCACAGUGCUGGUUUUCUAUCUCCCAUCUGACUGUGGAGAGAAGGUCACGCUCUGUAUCUCCGUCCUGCUCUCCCUCACUGUGUUCCUGCUCGUUAUCACCGAGACCAUCCCCUCUACGUCGCUGGUCAUCCCACUCAUUGGAGAGUACCUGCUCUUCACAAUGAUCUUCGUCACCCUCAGCAUCGUCAUCACCGUGUUCGUGUUGAACGUACACUAUCGCACGCCGAUGACCCACACCAUGCCGGGUUGGGUGCGCUCGGUGUUUCUCAAAGUGCUGCCGAGGAUUAUGCUGAUGCGGAGACCGAUUGAUGAAGACAGCAAGGCUGGGGGGUUGGACAGCAGUGGGGAGGUAGGAGGAGCUGGAGGGGGAGGAGGAGGCGGAGGAGGGAAGAAGAAGAAGAAGAAUUUAAUGCAGCAGGUCGGAGGAGGCUCCCUCAACUGUCUGGAGUUUGGGGACAGUAAGCUGUCCUCUGUGGAGGGCUGCACUGGGAAGAAAUGCCCUUGCCCGUGCCAGCAUGGGAAGGAGACCCCAGAGACACCAGACAAGAUCCCGCGUCAGCUGAGUCCGCAGAGCAUCAACACGGUGGUGGCCUUUUCUGUGGUUUCACCUGAGAUUAAACAGGCCAUAGAGAGCGUCAAGUACAUCGCUGAGAACAUGAGGAGCCGCAACAAGGCCAAAGAGGUGGAGGAUGACUGGAAGUACGUUGCCAUGGUGAUUGAUAGAAUCUUCCUUUGGGUGUUUGUGACCGUGUGCAUCUUGGGAACCACGGGCCUCUUCAUCCAGCCUCUUUUUGGAUUCUUCUCAUAACUGCCGACAGAUCAGGGUCUGCUCCAACCCUGUGUCGACCAAUCCUGAACAAGUGACUCUCAGUUCUCAGUUGACUAAUCAGAAAAAAGAGUUUUGUGUCCCAAAGCACUAUUUGAUGUGCUGGUUUUGCUUCUUGUCUUUCUCAGAGAGCACUGACUGCAGGAGCAGGGAAGUUGAGGGGCUAUUUGAAUCUUUGUAGGGCUGCUCAUUUUAUCGAAAUAAAAUUGCCACAGAAAAAUGCAAACACUUCUUUCUGCUUCUGGAUGACCUCAAUCAAGAGGAUAAUAUAAUAAUAUCUUCCAAUAAUAAAUAUGUUCUUUCAUCUUACUAUUCAGUUCAAUUAGUUUAAGGAAAUAUUCUUUAUUAUGAUUAAUAUAUUCUGUGUAGAUAGUCAGUUCAUAGGCAUUUUGCGAGUCUGUCCAUUUUUUUGGAAUCAAU